AAUUUUAGAUUUGGACAAAAUGGAAAUUAUUUCAUCAAAACGAUUCAUUUUAUUGACUUUAGCCACUUUAAGCUUGUUAACAUCAAACUUCUUGUGUGCAGAUGAAUUAAUGAUGUCCAAUCUUCACAGCAAAGAAAAUUAUGACAGAUAUUCUGAGCCUAGAGGACACCGAAAAGGGGAAAAGGAAAGGAAUCUCAAUUUUGAAGAAUUAAAAGAUUGGGGACCAAAAAAUGUCAUUAAGAUGAGUACACCUACAGUCAACAAAAUGCCACCUUCAGCAGCCAACUUGCCAUUGAGAUUUGGGAGGACCACACAAGAAGAAAGAAGCACCAGGGUGACAGCCAACCUGCCUCUGAGAUUUGGAAGGAAUGUGAAGGCAAGCAUCUCGAGAUGUGUCCCUAAUAUGCCCCAAAGGUUUGGAAGAAUGACAACAGCUAAAAGUGUCUCCAAGACACUGAGUGAUUUAUGCCAACGAUCCAUGCAUUCACCCUCUGUCAGUGAGUUACUUUACUCUAUGACCUGCCAGCAUCAAGAAAUCCAGCAUCCUGAACAAAAACAACCAAGGAGACUGGUAUUCAAGAAAAUAGAUGAUGCAGAAUUGAAACAAGAAAAAUAAGAAAUCUGAAGCCUGUCCCUUAAGAU